GUGGAGGAGGUGAGCGCCCUGCAAGCGCUACCGAUCGACGUGCAGCUGAACAUCAUGUCCUUCCUCUCGCCCCAAGAUUUGUGCCAUUUGGGAAGCACGAGUUGUUACUGGAGGGCAGCUGUGCAAGAUCCGUUGCUGUGGAGGUAUUUUCUCCUGAGGGAUCUCCCCUUCUGGACAUCCGUUGAUUGGAAAUCGCUCCCAGAUGUGGAGAUUUUCAAUAAAACCUUUUCAGAGGCCAGUGAUAGCACGCUGUAUGAUUACAUGGCAGUAUAUAAGAAAAGCUGCCCUCAGAAUAGAAGAAGCUUGAAAUCGAGCCGUCCCCGGUAUGGGGCUGUGACUUCCUUUUUGCAAUCACUGGUCACUCAGGCAGAACCUCGCUUUGCUAUGUUUGGGCCAGGUUUGGAAGAGCUGGACUGCUCUUUAGUGCAAAAGAUGAUGACAAGCCCAGAAAUUCUGAUAGUAGCUGGCCUACCUCAAAGACAAAUUCAUGGAAUCGGAUCAGGAGUCAGUUUUCAGUUUAAUAACAAUCAAAAAUUCAAUAUUCUGACAUUAUAUUCAACCACCAGUGUGGAAAGGAGGAGAGCGAGGGCAAAGCAAGCUGUUGCUGUGAAUAAGAUGUUCUACCAAGAGAACAGCAUAGUAGGGGAUCAGCAAACCGUGCACUACAGUGUAAUAGCUCAAGUGAAAAAGGUGUGCGAAGUAGUUGAAGGAUUCAUUUAUGUUGCUAAUGCAGAAGCUCAUACAAAGCAUGAUCGUCAAGAGGAGCUGACUCAUAUUUUGGCAAUGACUGAUCCAUCACUGGGGCCUCCGAACAGACCUCUGCUAGUUUUGUCUUGUGUCUCUCAUGUCAGUGUGAAAAGAAUUCCAUGUGUUUACAUGGCACAUCAGUUGCAACUAAAUCUGCUACGUCAGCCCUGGAUGGUGCAGGACACUGUAGCUGCAACUUUAUCUGGAUUGCUAAAUGGAAUUGAGUGGCUCCUGGAAGAAGCAAAUUGUAAAACUGCACAGUAAUGGAACUGUGCAUAGUUUUACUGCAUAGAGACUUUGGUGUUCUGCAGUUCAGAUGAAGUGAGAAUCUUGUCCUGACAGAGCACUCUCAGAAAGGAGAUUUAGAAGGCAAACCUGCAUAUAUUUCACUGCAUGUACUUUAAUAAUUAACAUUCUUCCAACUGUAGUCCUGAACUAGAAGUACAAGUAGGAUUGCCUGGAUUCCAGCAGCUGAUGAAGUUUGGGAGCAAUCUGGGUGUUUUGGGUUUUUUCUUUCUUUCAAGCUGGGGCCUUUGGGGUGCAACUUAUCUCGGUAUGUCUGAUGAUCUGAUCUCUUCCGUAAAUACAUCUAACACUGGGUUGGUUUAUCAGCACAGCCCCAUGGCACACAUCACGCGUUUAGUAAGUAUAUUCAGUGGAGGCCUUGACAGUGACAGUUCCCAAACAAAGAAAAUACAUUGCACGGUUGAUAGAAAGACAGUAUCUCUUUCAAAAGAGUAAAUUCCCCUGUAUUUUUUCCAGAAACAAUACCUAGACAAGAAAUAGCACCUGUGGGUAAAUGGUCGGCCCAGACCAAAAUUCUCAGAAGCAAACAAACCAUUGUGUAUGAACUGGUGGUUUCUUCUUUGUGAUCUUAUUUAUUAACCAAGCACAAAAGAAUUCAGCAUCUUCUGCUUUCUCUUGGAGUUAUUAGCUUGAACUGGACAUACCUCUGAUGUCACAAAUAAAUGUUAAAUAGACUCAUUAGUACUUCAGGACGUUCAUCGAAGGCAUAGGACCUAUCAGUUACUCAAAUAGUUGUGGCCAUUUGCAGAUGCAAAAUGUACUUGGCUUGAAAUUUUCUACAUGACUGCAAAUAUUUUUAUAAAAAGGGAAAGAACAUUCUGGAGCUGGAAUUGUGUUUUCCACAUUGACGUCAUUUGGGAUAGUCCUAGUCUCCCACCUUUUUAAUGCUUUUUAAUUGUUGGAUGAAUGUUCAGAAACUUCCCUUGUGUUGUAGAAGCCACUUCCUAGCUCAAACGGAACCCAUCGCAGGGCAUCAGUCGCAAGGCUUGCUAAAGGCGCAAGCUGUGAACUCAGUCCCCUAGAUACACUGACCGUACGCUGGACUUCUCCUUAGCUGCAUGAAGGCCCCUGAAACUGCAAACCAGAAAGGGAAGGUAGCCACAGCCAUCGGCAGAAGCUGCGUCCGUUAAGGUAAGGAAAGGCAUGUCCCGCCUGGAGGCAGUGGAAGGGCCCAGUGAGGAAGAGGAAGACCCCAGACCCAAACAUUGCUGUUGGACUGAACUGUCGCAUGACGGGAGGGGAACUUAAAUUGUGAGGGUGUAAUUGCCCAAGGGAUUUCUUUGUUCGGGGUCCCUCUCCAGGGGCACCGAGCUUGAGCUGUUUUUUACUGCUGUAGCACUCAAUAAAUUGGACGGGCAUACGUCAUGGGGAAGACUGCUUCGGGGAAACUUUGGGCCAAGCCCGAGGGGAAAGGAAGCCCCCACGGGUGAGUGUGUGUGGGCGAGGAAUCAAAAUGGGGGCACCCACCGGCUCGCUGGAGCUGCCCGCUGCGCAGGGACUCGUCCCAGUGGUUACAGUCUGGGGUGGUGUGUGUGCGACUCCCCAAAUGGUGAGGGGUGCUUGGGCAGCGGCUGCUCCUUUAACACUUCCAUUUCUCGCCUAUGCAUGUAAUUUGUUUUGUUAUGGGUUUUUUUUGUUUUUUCCUCUCUUCCCUCUGUGGAAAUGCAGUAGUCUCAGGAUUUUUUCAUGGUACCUAUAUAAAUGACUACAUGGUGCACACCUGGAUGUGUGACUGCCCUCAGUCUGGUACAUGUGUGUGAUGCUCGACACAGCAAUGUCAGAAACAUUUAAUUUGAGAAGUUUUUUAAUUUUCUAAUGAAUGAAUGAGGAAAAUUCUUUCAUCUUUAUGCACAAGUAACUUGGCUUUCUACAAGUUUUUGUAUGUCUUCUUACCAGGACAUAUGGGAGU